AUGCAAUUCAUCAAUCCUUCAUCAAAGACAUCAUGUCGAAGGAUGUGACACCGGAAAACACUACAGUCGAGGAAGCUGAGAAGACCGAGUGGACCCAAAGCUCUUCCCGUUUCGAAAGCAAGCGCUACAGCGAAUAUUUUGAUCCAUGCCAGGAUGCUGCAAAUCGAAGUCUGAAGUGCUUACGAAGGAAUGGAGGUGACCGAGCGAUGUGUCAGGAUUAUUUUGAUGCGUACAAGCAGUGUAAGAAGCAGUGGAUGGAAGAGCGCGCAGAACAGAAACGAAAAGAAGGGAAAGGAUGGUUUGGGUGAUCAAUCGAGUUGGGAGAUCGGUCGUACAUGUCUUUAUCUAUUUGAAGACAAGGAGAAGCUGUCGCUUGAGCUGAUCUCAGCAUAGCAUGAAACUCACGAAGCAGUUCUUCCUUUUGAGGGCGCAAAAUGAAGCUGUGUCGUUGACAACCACUGGCUCGCUUGGAAAGGCCUAUCGAGAAGUUUCACUGGCGAAAAAGCCGAAACCCACGGCGACCUUUCGAAGCUUGAAGGAAAAACCGAACCAGAGCUGCAGAAUAUUGAAACACUCCCAGCACAAUUCUCCCGGACCCAUCACCUUAAUAUCGACCUUCUUUGCACUUCAUAAAUG